CCUCCCUCGCAGCCACGAAGCAGCUGCAAGUUAAGAAGAACCCACGGAUCCGAGACAUGGAGGAUUACUUCUACUUCCCUGCUGCCCUGGAGACAGUUUGCAACCUCGAGUCAGGCUCGCCGUCGGUGAUUCUCCGACCCACAGUGUCCGGCCGUGACGUCGGCGGCGGCGGCGAGCUCCGGCGCCACCACUACCUCGACGCCUGCUUCCGUUGCAGGCGGAUGCUUGCCGGGAACGAGGACAUCUUCAUGUACAGGGGCGACACCCCGUUCUGCAGCGAGGACUGCAGGCAGCGGCAGAUCGAUGCCGACGAUGCGUCGGAGAUGAAGAAGAAGAAGAGACCGAAGCAGCCGCCCGCCGCGAGGGGGGAGCAGCCCCGGCGGCAGCGGCGGAGCCCGCGCGGCGUCCCGGUAUGGGCCCGGUAGAUGAUGCCUGGCACGGAUUCAUGGCAAAAAAAAGUGUAAAACAGUAUAAUCUUGAUCAGAAGUUAUACAUGGAAUUAUGGAAACUCGUGCGAUGCGCGACGCCAAAACUUUGAGGCAUGUGUCGUCGAGGAGCUUUGGCAGCUGCUCUUACGUAUUCUAACCGUGAUCAACUCGACGACGGUGAAGAGUCCUGGCCGGAACGGGCGCGUCGUCCCCUGCCGGGUAUCUGAGAGAAUUUAAGAUCGUUCGAUCGAGUAGUAGCUUAGCUAGCUCGUGCCGUCGUGCGUGUUGAGUCAUGCCUGUGAAUUACAAUAGCACUUUUGCUAUUAAUUAAACGUUUGAUCUUUUGUUUUUCUGUUAAACACAUGUGCAAUGCAUGGGCUUGAAGGAGAAUAUGUAUGUGUCUUUUGACUUGCAUGCACGUGUUCAAAUUAUC